AUGUCGUCUCGUGAAGGGAUCAAUCCCUUGCGGCCUUACUAUAUCCCUCCAUCUGGCCUAUCGCCUGCUUCGAAUGCGCCCCCCGAAGUGGUCUCGCCGUCAUCGGCCCAGGUGUUCGGGAGCACAGCUCGUGAUCUCAUGCCGGACUUGGACUAUGCCGAUUACCUGGAAGCUUCGCCCUCUGUAUCUGACUGGGUCCGAGACACCUUGAACCGGGCACUUGUUCGCUACACCAAGGUUCUCACUGCACAGCCGUUUGAUGUUGCCAAAACCAUCUUGCAGGUUUAUGUCGUACCAGACGCCACAGAUGAGCAGUGGGAUCGGAACUCGACACCGGUUGCUGAAGGAAGCUCUUAUGAUUCGGACUCGGAAUCAUCCGAUGAUGAAACCAGUUACUUCACCUCAGCGGCCCCUGCAACGCCGACGCCGAAUACACCUCGAUCUCGCAAAUCACGCCACCACAUCACCGACCGUAGUGGCUAUAUUCGACCAGAGUCGACCACACAGCCUAAACAUAUCUUGACUCUGAAGAACUCGAACUCUCUGACCGAAGUUCUAUCCCAGCUCUGGUCCUCCAGCGGCGCAACCUCACUAUGGAAGUCCUCUAAUGCCACAUUCAUUCACGCACUUCUCCUGCCGACGUUGAACACUUUCAUCCGCAGUCUCCUGUCGGCAAUCGUCGGCUUGCCAGAGGAAGACCUUUCCACGUCGAUGACAGCGGACAUUUUGACGGCCUCAUCCCCUCUGGCAACACUGGUUCUGUCAUUCAUUUCAUCCUCGCUGUCCGCCCUGAUCCUAGCUCCUAUCGAUACCGCUCGUACAUUCCUGAUGCUCACACCAGCAACCCAUGGGCCGAGGUCCCUCGUCCGAGCUAUCCGCCAGCUUCCCACACCCAACUGCACGAUCCCCUCGCACCUCGUCCCAAUCACCAUACUUCACUCAAGUCUCCCCAACCUCAUUAUGACCUCGACGCCACUCUUCCUCAAAUCCUACCUGUCCAUUGACCCCAUCCUAAACCCCAACGCAUGGAAUCUCUGUGCCUUCCUUAGCUCGGGACUUGAACUCGCUGUUCGAUUCCCACUCGAGACCGUGCUCCGCCGCGCCCAGAUCGCCACAUACACAUCCUUGAGUCUGCGGCAGAAGUCCUCGGGUGGUAGCAUCAGUGCGGCAUCUAUCGAUGCGUCCGAUGUGGAAACCAUCGUCCCUACGCCACGCACAUACCGUGGUAUCAUUGGAACAAUGUGGCAUGUCGUUUAUGAAGAGGGUGUCAGCUCGACACCGUCCGACACGGAGCGUGCAAAGCAGCUCCUUGGCCAGCGUACCUCACGGCAGCAGCUUCAGAAGCGACAGCAGGGCCAGGGUAUUCAAGGCCUGUAUCGCGGAUGGCGUAUUGGCAUGUGGGGUAUCGCCGGCAUCUGGGGAGCCAAUCUGUUGGGCGGAUUCGCUGCUGGUAGCGAAGAUGAGGUGACAACAAGAGGUGGCCAUGGCCGUUCCAGUGGUGGACGCUUCUAA